GCAGAACAAGUGGCAAGUGCAGAAGCUCGCAAUGAAGUCGUAUAAAAAAUAAAAAUAUUCAAUAUGGCUACAGAUCAUACGACGUGAGCUGUCAGCUGUAGUAAUAUUUGUUUCUUUGUGUUAAUUACGCGUUAAAAAUGUUAUAAAUAUUACGUGUUAUCGAAUAUGGGUGCGAAAGAUUCAAAACCUAGUUUUAUAUCUUACGAAGAUGCGACGAAGAGAGUAAGCGAGAGUGAAUUACGACGUAUUCGUGAAGCGUUUAAGAGAUGUGCCGGUACAAGUGGGACGGCCUUGAGCCUGGAAGCGUUCGUCCAUGAAGUGCUGUGUGAUGGAGUACCUUACGAAGUUGCCGAGUGGAUGUACCAGGCCUGUGGCGGUACAAAGCGAGGGAUCAUAUUCAGAGACCUUCUUUGCGGAAUUGUCGUAUUAACGAAAGGAAAUCUCGAAGAGAAAAUCAAAUUCCUUUGGACUCUCUACGUAAAUAAUCAAAGUGAGAAUGGCACAUACAUCUAUAAGCGUGACUUUGCUCGUGCGUUACAAAUCGAGAACACAUCCCUGCCGGUGUCAAAGUCCCAUCGGUCCGCAGACAUUCUCACCAGUUUGUUUGGACUGGGUGAACGGGUGACUUUCGAGCAGUUUAGAUCCUGGUUACUCAUACAUAAAGAUGCUACAGUACUAUCGAAAUGGCUGCUAUCGGAUCGAGGAAGUAUUUCACAUGAUUUGGAAACACCAACUUUUUAUCAAAGUCUGGCUGGUGUUACUCAUUUGGAAGAGCGGGACAUAAUCGAGCUAGAAAAAUGUUUCUGGUCUCUACGAAGCAAUGCGUCGAGCGGGCAGCUAGACGGGGCGGGACUCCGUGCGCUGCUGACCCCGCCCCUGCCCGCCGCCGCGCUGCCCGGCGUUCUCCGCGCACUUGAUGAAAAUAGAGACGGACAUGUCGACUUUAAAGAACUCUGCUGUGGUUUGAGCGCAGCUUGUAGGGGACCUCGCACUGAGAGACUCAAGUUUUGCUUCAAAAUCUUCGACCUAGAUCGGGAUGGGGUUUUAAACAAGAAGGAACUAAUCGAUAUGGUGGGGAUACUCUGCACGGUAGCCAAUGAGUCCCUCAAGCAGCAGAACUCACGAGCAUCCACACCAUCAGAUGAAUCAGAAGCCGAUAAAAGCUUUGAUCCAGAAGUAGUGCUACUAAACUUGAGAGAUAAACUGGUGAGCCUGCCGAAGAAUGGAAGCAAGCCAAUAUUUCAACUAGGACCUAAUAUUUCAGUUGACGAAUCCGGGAAAAUAGAAGAGGAAUUGGUCGAUAUUAAAGAGGAUUCGGAUUGCGAAAGUCUUAUCGCAUCAGACGCGGCGCUGACUGCUGAAGAGUUCCUCAUGUGGGCGGUGGAGCGUGCUGAACGACUGCUCACCCCACUACUGGAGUUGGUGUUCGAUGUAUGCCAUGUGGUGCUUGGUCUACGACCACAGUGUAGACAUCACGAGAGGGACAUCGUAAUCCGCUGGCUACGACGUGAAACAGCUCGCGGGUACUCCGUGGGCCAGUUUUGGUACCUUGUGGGAAGCGAGUGGUGGGCCUCAUGGGCGGCGUACACGGCGGCUGGGGACAACUGCUGCCGGAACACGCCUCGUGCUAUAGAUGACGCUAUCGUCUGUGAUGAGAGCUUCACUAGUAACUCUACAGAAUCAAUGGGGUCCCUACUAUGGCGUGCGGAGACGUCGUCAUUAGGCAGUGGCAGCGCGGGCAGCAGUAGUGGGGUGAGCAGCGCCCCUGCACACCGCUCGCCGCCGCACCCCGGGCCUAUAGACAACAGGCGUCUGCUGGCAAGAGACGACCUAAAGGUUCGGACACUGACGGGAGAAGGCGGGCAUUUACGACGUGACGUCACUCUCGCCCAGCACAGGGACUUCGAACUGUUGCCCGACUCGCUAUGGCGGGCAAUGGCGCUCUGGUACGGCGGACCAGACCCCCUGCCCAGACAGGUUAUCAGGCCACCCAAUUCUGAUGUCGAGAUGGAACUGUACCCGCUGCAGUUAAAGAUUCUCCGCCACGUACCGAGUACACCGCGUGUGAGCGCGGGCGUGGGCGUGGGCGCGGGCGUGGGCGGCGCGGGCGCGGCGCUGUACAGCAGCGUGCCGGCCGCGCCCGCGCCGCCCGACCGCCAGCUCGCCUACACCGCCGCCUUCUCCCGCCUCGCCACCGUCAGACAGGUGACGGAGUUCCUAUGCGAGGCGCUGGGGCUGGCGCGCGAGGACGUACGUCUGUGGUCGGUGGGCGGGGCGGGGGGCGGCGCGGGCGGCGCGGGCGGCGCGCUGCUGCUGGACGACGAGCGGCCCUCGCUGCACGACCUGCGUCUGCACGAGCGGGACCGCUCCCGUCUGCUGCUGGAGCUGCGCAACCCGGACCUCACCUGGCCGGAGGAGAUUGGUGCCCUCAGUAUGAGCGGGGGGCGCGGCGGGCGCGGCGUGGAGCGGCGCGAGACGCUGUCCGCGCCGGACGUGGCGGGCGCCACCGGCCUGCACAACCUCGGCAACACCUGCUUCAUGAACGCCGCGCUGCAGUCCGUGUGGAACACGGGCCCCCUGACCCGCUAUUUCAACUCUGGCAUGCACCUGUACGAGGUGAACACGACCAACCCGCUCGGCACUAAGGGCGCACUCGCGCUGCGCUACGGAGAACUCUGCAAAGAGGUGUGGUCGUGCAGUGCGCGUUCGGUAGCUCCGCUGCGCGUGCGCUGGUGUGUGUCGCGUCACGCGCGUGGUCUGGCUGGCGGCGAGCAGCAUGAUGCACAGGAACUUCUAGCAUGGUUGCUGGACGCGCUGCAUGAGGACCUCAACCGAGCAGCGCCGCCCCGCGCACUGCCCCCGCCCCCGGCCCCGGCCACGCCCACAGACACGCCCCCGCAGCAAGUGGACACGCCCCCGCCCACCAGGCCGGACCAGGAGCUGGCGGCGGAGGCGUGGGCGCAGUUCACGGCGAGCAAUGACUCGAUAAUGACGGACCUGUUCUACGGCCAGCUGAAGUCGAAGGUGCGCUGCGACGCGUGCGGACACGAGUCUGUGCGCUUCGACACCUUCAACAUGCUCAGUCUGCCGCUGCCCAUGGAGUCCUUCGUGCGGUGCGAGAUUAGAGUUAUAUUAUUGGAUGGCUCGGUUCCUGUGAAAUACGGUUUGCGAGUGAAUUCUGAAGGAACUUAUCUGGAUUUGAAGAAGAAACUCUCAGAAUUAUGCGGAUUGCCACCUGAAUGUAUGCUGGUGGCGCUGGUGUCGGGGGCGACGAUCUCGCGGCUGCCGGAGGACGGCGCCAAGCUGACUGCGAGCGGCGCCACGGAGCUCUUCGUCUACGAGAUACCAGCGCCGCAGCACGGCACACAUGAGUGGGGCGAGACGGGCGCGUGGUGCGGCGGGGGCGGAGGCGGGGGCGAGGCCGGGGGCGCGGCGUGCGGCGGGGCGGGGGCCGGGGGCGGGGCAGCGGGCUCGGUGAGUGUGCGCGCCGCCUCGCUCUGCAUGCCCGCGCUCUUCUGCUUCAAGCGUUCGAGAUCGGAAAUUCUUAUGUCCCAGAGCCCGCCCAGCACCUUCAGCCAGGGGGCGGAGUUGGGGGCGGAGCUGGGGGGCGAGGGGCGGAGUCACACGCUGCCGCGAGGCGCGGGGGCGCGGCGCUCUCUCACCCUGCCGCCCCCCGCCCCGCCCCUCUCCAAAGUCAAGUUCGCCUCCUCCCCUUCCGAUAUGUACAAGAUGGAUGAGAUAGAUGGACCUCCUAUACAGUAUUUGAUUGCAGUGCAUAGGAAGCAGUGCCGCGCGGACGCGUUCUUCCUGCCGUGGCAGCGCGUGCGGCCGGCGCUGUUCGGCGUGCCGCUGGCGGUGGCGGUGCGCGCGGGCGAGCCGGGCCGCGAGCUGUACGCGCGCGUCUGGGCGCAGCUCGCCCGCCUGCUGUCGCCCCGCCCACCGCGCCCCCCCCACACGCCCCACGCACACAGGGACCUGCCCAACCACGCGGCCGACUGUGACGACAGCCUGGGAUACGAGUUCCCGUUCACGCUGCGUCUAGUGUGCGGGUCCGGGGCGUGGUGCGCGCUGUGCGCCUGGCCCGCGCUCUGCCGCGGCUGCGCGCUGCCCAGCGACCACAAGCCGCUGCUCGCUGACACGCACACGGACACGCAGGCAGACAUGCAAACAGACAUACAAGACACGCAUAUAUACGAGUCGCAGGUGUCAGUGGACAGUGGAUGCGCGCUGGCGGGCGGCUCUCCAGCCGCGCGCGCCAAGCUGCAGCGACAGUCCAGCGCCCGGCACGCCAGUGAUGCCGCGGGUGAGAUGGGUUGCGGCGAGGUGUCGUACCUGUCGAUGGGGGCGCUGCGCGCGGCGCGGCGGCGCGGCCUGCUGCUCGCCAUCGACUGGGAGCCCACCGCGCUGCAUCUGCGAUACCAGGCCACCAGGGAGAGGGCGUGCGUGGAGCACCCGUCGGUGUCGGAGUGCGGGGCGGCGGGCGCGCGGCCGGUGGACCUGGCCAGCUGCCUGGCCGCCUUCACCUCGGAGGAGCGCCUCGAGCAGCGCUACCACUGCGACCACUGCCGCUGCGCGCAGCCCGCCACCAAGAAGCUGCAGCUGUGGCGCGCGCCGCCCAUACUGAUUGUCCACCUCAAACGUUUCCAAUACGUGAACAACAAAUGGAUAAAAUCCCAGAAAGUGGUCAACUUCCCCUUCGAAGACUUCGAUCCUACGCCGUACCUCGCCUCCGUCCCCCAGGAGACCAUCCUCAGGCAUCGCGAGCUGAAGACCAUGAGGCGAAGGUCCAUGUUCGUGGACGUUGAAGGUCCCAUAUCGGAGACAGAGAGCGAGAACUCCGAUGAUGAGGAUAGUAGAGAAGAUUCUAGAAGUAAAGCUAAUGUGGAAAGAAGACGGGAGUCGGUGGAGGUGAAGGGUCGUGCGCGGCUGCAGUCCACCAGCCUGACAGCCACUCCUGUCACUGAUGAUAACCUGGUGGACUACCACCAGCACCAUCUGGAGAAGGACCAGGACCCCUUCGAUUUGAAGUACAAGCUGUAUGCUGUUGUGUCACACACCGGUCAGCUGCACGGCGGCCACUACGUCGCGUACGCACACAACCCAUCCGGAGCCUGGCUCUGCUACAACGACAGCUCGUGUCGUGCGGUCAGUGCGCGCGAGGUGCAGCCAGCGGCCGCUUACUUACUGUUCUAUGAGCGCACUGGACUGGAAUACUCGCGAUAUUUACCUGCAAGUACGAAUGGUACACCACCCGCGGUGACCACUGAAGAUGAUGAUAUGCGGAACAUGUGUGUACUCGCAUGACCUGAUAAUGCACGGUUCACACUUGGACAGUACAGUAAGACAGUUGCGACAGACAUAGAUUGUACUAGCUGUUUGACUUAAUCAGUGUGGAAUUAAAAAAUAAUAAAAAAAGUAUGGCCUACGUCAUUGAUAAAGUUUUUAUAGGUGCAAGAAUUGAAAUCGGCUGUAUAGUUUUUGCAAUAUAUACAAAAAAAAAAUCUUUCCCCUUUAUAAUAUUAGUAUAAAUUACCCAGUAGUGCCAGUUGAUUUACAGUUGAGUUUAAGCUACAGACCGGUACUGGACAAGUGUCAUCCGCGUACUGUCCAACUGUCCUGCCCACGUGUGAACCAGGCAUAAACGAAACACAAAUAUAAUUGUCUAUUUUUUAACUAUGACUACCAAAUUGUUUAAAUCAUUUGGUAUGCUAAGUUAAAUAAAAAUUGUUUUGUUGUGUUUUGAUUUUAACAUUGUAUCCUAUUUAUAUAUUUAAAACUGAUGUAUAUGUAGAAUUUACAAUUGAUGUAAUUGUUACGAUAUAUUGGUAGCUAAAAAAAAUAAACAGUAAACUGCCCAGUAUUUCACGAUAGUACAAUAAUUAAAUAAAAACAAAAUAAAUGUAAUAUUAAAAAUAAAAUUGUAAAAUAAAAGAUUUUUGAAUUUGCACUUGCUUAAUAUCAAAUUAUAAAUAUCAAAAUUUACAUAAAAAAUAUUCUUAUUGGCACUAUUUAGCUUGGCUUGUAAAAAAAAAAACAAAUGUAAUAGAAAAAACAUUAUAUUUUACUAUAUUUUCUAUAUAGAUUUUGCUUUAAAAAAAAUGUAAAUGUAAUUUUGGCGGCAAAUUAGAUUUAUACUAUUGCAGUCUCUUUUCCCUUCAAUGAGAUAGAGCGGGAUAGGUGUAGAACAUAAACAUUCCGAUAGAUAAGUUGGGACCAGUCGAUUACUAGUUAUGUGUUACUCAACUGAAAUUAUUGAUUUACAGAUCAGUCAACUGAUUCACAGAUCAAUUUGUAUCUAUAUGAUUAUGAUUAGCGUUUCUAUCAACAUAUACCGUGAGCUGAUUGAGCCAUAGCUCAAACCUGAACGUUAGAACCGGGUCAAAUGUUCAACAUGUCUAAUUGAGACUCCAAAAACAUGGGAAAAAAGUUUUAUGUACAGACUGAAUGAUUGUUUGUAAUGUAGUUUGAUGUCAUAUGAAUUCACUAAUUAUUUUAACUAUAGCUCCGUCUAAUUUUGCACCUUAUAUUAUUUAUUAUAUUGACAUCUUUGGUUAUUUUAUUUAGAAUGUUGUUUUCAUAAUGGUGGCAUUAUUUGCAGUUUAGUUUUGUCAAUUGUAUAUAUUAUAAAAUAAGUUCGUGUCGGUGUUGCCAUUUACACAUACGAUUGAAUAAUGCAGAAGGGAAAGAUCGGUUGGAGUUUUUAUUUGUAUGUGUAGUAUGUAGCACCCACGGCAUCUAUUAAUAUAUUCAAAACUCUAAGAUAAUGCUUUGCUAGGUAAGUUAUUUUUGUUAUUUAAUUAAAUUUAAUGUUUAAGUUUGUUAAUUUAUGUUGGUAUUACCAAACUACGCUAUGUUUAGUGUUGCCAACUGCAUAAAUUAUUUUAAAGUGUGAACAGUAUUAUCUGGUAAAUUCUUAGGUCAUAUUUGAGAGGAAAAUUGUAAUAUCUUAUCUGUAAUACUAAUUUGAAUGUUGGCAACAGUAGACGUCCGCGUACAGCGUUAGCUAAGUUGUGAAUAUGUUUAUGAUAUUAUUAAUGGAUGCGCGUUGUUUGAAAAAAAAAAAUGAUUUUCCUUGUAUGCUUGAAAAGGACUUCAAAUUUUAUUACAAAAACAUUCUCUGGACUGUUUUAGUUCAAAUAACAUAGUUUUAAUAAACCCAGUCGUAUACUUAGAGGUUAUCUGUUUGCGCGCAUCCAUUCCGUGCUACGCAAGGUACAGAAAUUGUAUUUAUAAUUAAUUUUUAGUCUAGUUGUGAUCAUUUUUAGAUGUAUGUGCCAUCUGCGGUUCAAAUCAUUUGUCCAAAAUACCAAAGCAUCUCGGAUUAGUUUAGGCGGGACUUGCAAUUCCUUUUAAAACUGCUUAAAAUACUUGAUUUGUCGGUAAAGUUAAAUUAUUUAUAAAAAUCGUGUAACAUCGAAUGAAUCUGUAGUAAUUAUCCAAAUGUAUUUAAUAGUUUAAUUUAAUUGUAAAUAAGUUUUUAAGCUUUACGAAUUUAUUUUGGGUGAGCGCGGACUCGCUCGAACAAAGUGUCUUGUCACAAACCGCGCUGUCAUAAUAAUACGAAUAUUGGAAUUAUACUUUUAUUGUUAUAUUUAAUAUCCCUGUGCAAUAAACGAUAUUUUGUAUCAA